UGUUUCAUUAAGGGACUGAUAAGAAAUGGAAAAAUAAGUCGGACUGCGAAAUAAAAUAUAAAUGGAUAGUUUUCCUUAUCUCUUGCUGGUGGCAGCUGUUGCUGUGAUGGCUACCACCGAAUCCGAACAUCCCUGCGAAGGAUACAAUUGCACCAGUACAGAGAUAUCUACGUAUAAUGACGAUCUGUUGGAACUCGCUCUGGACUCCUGCAGCAACCUAGGAGUGCUAAAAGGCUCACCCAAACUUGAAAUGUUGAUGAUAAACAAUUGCAGCAGUGGUGACCUCCACAACCUUCCCUCUUUACCGAAACUUUGCUAUUUGCGGAUCCGAAACGGCAAUAUUACCGAGCUAAGUGACGAACAGUUUGCCAUGAUGACGAUAUUGGACACUGUCGAGCUGGGAAAUAACUCCAUAUCUAGGGUAUCCAUUGAAGCCUUCAAGGGACUGUCCCACGUGUGGAGGCUCGGACUGCAGGACAAUGAUUUAACAAUUUUGCCUGAUGGUGUGUUCCAUUCUCUUCCAGAACUCGUCGACCUUAAUUUAAAUCGCAACAAACUUGCGACUCUGGAGUUUAAAACUUUUUCUAAGAACCCAAAGAUGAAGUAUUUAUGGCUUCGUGAUAAUCCGUUGACUAUGGUUUUGGCCAUUCCACUAAAGCAACUUAUUCGUCUGGACCUGGCCAACUGUCGCCCACUGGAGGAGCUGCAAAUGCACACUGCCGAGACCGUGAUCCUAUCCAACAGCGGGGUAAGGAAACUGGAUGUCGUGGGUAGCGUCAGCAAAUUGUAUGCUCGUAAGAAUCGACUAAGAUAUCUUCAAUUAGACGAUAAGAUGUCUAUCAUUGAGCUGGACCUGAGUGAUAACAUGAUGCAAACUAAAGAACUGCACAAAAUCCUCCUGGGAAUGUGGAGACUGCAACGCCUGGAUCUCUCCUGCAAUCUAAUGAAUGAGUUGCCUGUUCCCAACAGUGGCAAUUCGGAUGAGGUCUUCUUUUUGCCCAAUCUGAGGUUCGUGAACCUUUCAAGCAAUAUGCUGGAAUACCUCCAUGGUGAUUCACCUCUGAUGUCCCCCGCUCUUUACUAUUUGGAUCUGUCGCACAAUAAGAUACGUAUUUUGGAUCCACAUAUCUUCAAGAUGGUCAAUAAUCUGCAGUACCUGCACAUUGAGUGGAACCAAAUCAGGGAAUUUAGAUACGAUAGCCUCUACAAACAACAGCGGGGUCUUAAAUUAGUAAUACUUUUCAACAAUUUAUUCAGCAACGAAACUUACGUCACCAUGACCAAAUUCUUUAAGGACUCUGGAGUGCGUGUAAUAGAAAGAACCCAGGAUCAACCGGAAGUAAGUUACACAACAGUUAGUUCCAUGGAUAAUUAUGAGCUGUCAUUACCGGAUGAGGUCCCCAUGGAAGUAAAAGCCCAGUUAAUACAGACUUCUGAGCCAACACCCCAGAAAAAAAAACUUGAUGGUCCACCACACAAAGAGCCCAAAGUACAAGACACUAUUCAAAAAUGGACCUUGUUUGAUUACCUGAUCUUUAUUGUACUGCUUGCUGCGCUGACUCUUAAUGUAUUCCUAAUCGUACAGCUCCGUCGGUCCCAAAACUGCUUGACUUUGCUCUCUCGCUUUUGGGAGUCAAAAGGUUUUUCCAAAAUGCAAGCCAAGUUUGUCAGCAUGGAAGACCCCGAAGUAUAAGUCAUGAAUUUUAAUCUUAAACUAUAACAGAGUUAUUUAAUUACAGUAUGAGAAAAUACAUAAUGUUUAUGUUUAUGCACUUGAAAAC